AUGACGCCAGUAGCGACCGAGGUGCCAGCCACCACCCGCAAGACGCUACUGUGGGAGGACAGCUCCUCAACGAGUGCUCCUGCAACGCUCCGUUCCAUCUUGCAGGUGCACCUGUCCCUCUCCCAACAGCUGUCCCAAGCUCUCUUCACCUCCCUCCAUGCCGCCCACUCUACCGCUCUCCCUCCCUCGCCUAUCCCUCGUCCGGCUCAGCUUCCAGUCGAACUGGAGUCACUACCGAUCUGGACUCUUCCACCAAAUGCCUCCCCGACGAGCAAAGAGCUCAUUCCCUCCCUCGCCAUCCUUCACACCUCACUGGAUGAGUACCUCCUACGAGCUCGUACACACAGAGCCAAUGCCAGGAGGAUCCGUGAACUGACUGAGGAGGUGCGGGAGCUGCAGAGCAGUCGGAGGGACAGGGUGAGAGUGCUCGGAGCUGCCAGUAGGGAGCUCAAAGAAAUUGUGCUCGAGGGGCGGGAGGAGGUGAAGAAGAUUAAGCGAGCAAAAGCAGCUCCUCUGGACUAUCAUCAAGUGCUAGCAUAUGCAGCCGAUCUAGCGCGCACUACUUCUGCUCCUCCUGGCUAUUCUGAAGCCAAGUUGCUCAAGGAAGGGGUGGAAGCGGCUCUCACGCAGCCGGCAGCACAGGACAGGCAGCCCUCACCUCACUCUGAUGCCGUUCCAGUCACAGAGAUUCAGGUCGCAGGUGGAGCUGUGUCUGCUCCAGAAGGCGAAGGCAGCGUCCCGAGGAUUGUAGUAGAGGGAGCCAAGAAGGAAGAAGCUCCUGAGCCUCCACCCACGCCGGCAGCAGGCGUCGCAACCGCUCAGCCCAACACGGCCUCCGUCGACACGACCGUUCCUCAGCCAGCAGCAGCAGCAGCAGGGCCAACACAAACGCGUUUCCUGCAUCCAGAAGAGGAAGGCGAUCCGCACAAUGCCUCAUCGGCACCGCAACUUCUUCCCUUUCCCUCGGAUGCAGAGAUGCGACGUGGCCUCAUGGGUGUCGCCAUGCUCGAUGAGUCUGGAGCGGGUAUGAAGGGGAUCUUGCCUGCUUGGCAGGCAUUCCGAGAGCAAUGGCAGAGCGAACAUGGAGGAGGACAGCAGCAGAGUGGGGGGAAGAUGGAGCUGGGGGAGGCUGACAGACCUGAGGUGCAGAGGAGGGAGAAACGGACUAGGACCAAGGUCGAAGAGGUCGAAGAGGAUCUGGGCCUAGACCUCAACUGA